CUUGGCAAAUGUUCAGUGGCUUUGGAGUUGAUGGGGGUCCUGCAGCUAAAGAGUUGGCUUUAAAGCUUAAUCUGGCCAAUGCAAAUCUAUCUUCUAGAUUAUGGGUAACUUUGUCUAAUAUAGAGGUGAGACAAGCCAGUGUUACUAUUGUUUCCCUGAUAGCUAUCGGAGGCGUAAUCUUUGUUAUCAGAAAAAUCUUUGGUGCUUAUCUGGCUGUUUACUUUACGAUUGCCAGUCCUAUUCUGUAUGAUAUCUACAACAACGGACCUGAGGAUCGUUAUUUCUCUCCUUUCUGGAUAGAGCUCUUCAAGGUUUGUUCAGAACUUUUUUAGUUAUCAUUAUCUCAAGUUCCUAGCUAGGAUGAAAAGAACGCUGCUUUACAGCUUCAGAUCUUUCGGUCUUACAAAGCCAAGAUCAUGCAGUCUAUGAGAAUGGACGAAUGAUUUGAUAAUAAAAUCUCAUUCCGUUUGUUAUAAUGUAUUGCAGAACGUCGCAAGUUUUGGAGCAAUGUAUAUUUAUUAUUUGAAUGAAUAACUCGACACCCUCCAAAAGGAAUCUGAAGAAACAGAACUCCGGUUAGGGGAGCCUCCAAAGAGGAAAUCUAGAGUUAUUGUUUCUUUAGCGGAUUAGCUGACGAUACAUAAUCUCAAAGACAAAGCUCAUGUAGUUUGAAGAAAGUUACUUUAUAUUUCAUUAUCACAAUCUGCUACACACAUAAAUCAUUUAUUUUUCUUCUUUACGAAAGAAACAUUGUUGUUUCAUCAAGUGAAACAAAAUAAAUAAAUUGUUUAAAACA